UUCUUCCCCACACCGAUCCGACAAUGGAAACGUGUUCACUCCACAUAGCAAGGAGACAAACGUGCGUACACCAUCUCUCUCUCUCUCUCUCUCUCUCUGUAGCCUUUUUUGUCUGCUCGUGCCUCUCCUUCCAGAGGGAGAGAGGGUGGGAGGAGGGCGUGACUUUUCGAAGUUAAAAAAAGAGGUUUAAAUCUUAACGGACUCUGCUGCAGCCACAGAGCUCCUCGUCUGUUUUACUGCAUCUCCCUCCACCAGUUUUUCUGUCCCGGACCUCCUCCGCUUCCUCUUUCUUGAAAACCGACUUGGGUUCCAAGAAAAUUGUCCUUGCUCAUGUGGCUGAGAUUGAGAACCAUGUGGUGGAGCUGACCCCACUUGAUAAUUUGCUCUGUCGAGCAAGGAAGGAGAGGUACCCAUCUCUCUGUUUCGUUUCGUCCUCUCUUUUCUGGGCCGGGUUUGCUUUAGAGAUUCGUGCUCGGAUACGGUGGAGAAGCUUUGUUGGUAAUUUGAGUUGGAGCUUCAAGUUGCGGCCUUUGUGCUUUCUUGGUUUGCUGAGUAUGAGGCAACUAGCACCAGUUUGAGCUUCGAGGUUCUUGCUUGAAUUGGUUGCUUUCAGCUUUCUUGCUCGGUGGAUUGCUUCCUGGAAAUCGGCUGCAACGUUUGUGCUGGGAAAGUGCUGGUUCGGAUGGAGGGGGUUGAUUCACAAUCUACUACUGUGUGUGAUGUUGGCUGACGGUUUUUUUUUUUUUUUUUUUGGUCGAAGGUUGACGGGUUUAUUUGGUCUUAAUUCCUGUUUUGGAUUUUCUGGGGGAAGUUUUAAUUCUUGAUUCAGCUGGACCAUUGGAUUUCAUUUGAGGCGUAAGCCCAAGUGAUUCAACCGGUUUCAGUUUUCUUCUUCGAAGGGAAGGUUUUGGUCCUUGGGUUUGAGAGCGCGUGUCUUUUCUGGGGUCAACCUAGUGGGAGUAGCUGCAGAAGCAGUAAAAUUUAAAACGGUUACUUUGGAGAUAGCAUAAGUAGCUGGUGAAGUGCGCAAAGUCCUUUGAAGGAAGUUGUAGAUGGAUUCAAGGGUUGAAAUGGACGAUGAAGCUGAAAACAGAGGCGGCAUGUGGGAUUUGGAGCAAAAGCUUGAUCAGCCCAUGGAUGAGGAGGCUGGUAGGCUCAGAAACAUGUACAGAGAAAAGAAAUUUUCAACAUUGUUGCUUCUUCGGCUUGCAUUCCAAAGUCUUGGGGUGGUUUAUGGGGAUCUUGGCACAUCCCCUUUGUAUGUGUUUUACAAUACAUUUCCAAAGGGGAUAGAAGAUACAGAAGAUGUGGUUGGAGCUCUGUCGCUGAUCAUAUAUUCUCUAACUCUCAUUCCUCUCCUCAAGUACGUUUUUGUGGUGUGCAGAGCGAAUGACAAUGGCCAAGGUGGAACGUUCGCUCUUUACUCAUUGCUUUGUCGACAUGCAAAAAUCAAAACAAUUCCAAACCAGCAUAGGACUGAUGAGGAGCUCACGACAUAUAGCCGCACCACAUUCCAUGAGAAAUCCUUCGCUGCGAAGACCAAACGAUGGUUGGAAAGACAUGCAUCCAGGAAGAAUAUGCUUCUUAUGCUUGUCCUUGUGGGCACUUGUAUGGUGAUUGGCGAUGGAAUUCUCACCCCAGCUAUAUCAGUUCUUUCGGCCGCUGGUGGGAUCAAGGUAGAUCAUCCACACAUGAGCAAUGAUGUCGUGGUUCUCGUGGCUGUCAUAAUAUUAGUAGGUCUCUUUAGCAUGCAACAUUAUGGUACUGAUAAAGUUGGUUGGCUGUUUGCCCCGAUAGUGCUGCUUUGGUUCAUUUUAAUUGGUGCAAUUGGCAUAGUCAACAUCUUCAAAUACGAUAGCAGUGUGCUGAGAGCUUUUUCCCCUGUACAUAUAUACCGAUACUUUAAAAGGGGAGGAAGGGAACGUUGGACCUCACUUGGAGGCAUUAUGCUUUGCAUAACAGGAACUGAAGCCCUCUUUGCAGAUCUAGCCCAUUUUCCAGUGUUAGCUGUACAGAUUGCUUUUACAGUAGUAGUCUUUCCUUGCCUUCUUUUAGCGUAUACAGGACAAGCAGCAUAUUUGAUGAAGAACAAGAACCAUGUUUCCGAUGCAUUUUAUCGUUCAAUUCCAGAUAGCAUCUAUUGGCCAGUAUUCAUCAUUGCAACUUUGGCAGCUAUAGUUGCAAGUCAGGCCACAAUAUCCGCCACAUUUUCGAUAAUCAAGCAGGCACUUGCACUAGGCUGUUUCCCCAGAGUCAAAGUAGUUCAUACAUCAAAGAAGUUCUUGGGUCAGAUAUAUAUUCCAGAUAUUAACUGGAUCUUGAUGAUUCUUUGCAUUGCCGUGACCGCUGGUUUUAAGAAUAAAAGCCAAAUUGGAAAUGCCUACGGAACUGCUGUGGUAAUAGUCAUGCUUGCGACCACCUUCCUUAUGACUCUGAUCAUGCUUUUGGUAUGGCAUUGCCACUGGAUUCUGGUCCUGAUGUUCACGGUUUUGUCGCUUGUGGUGGAGUGCACGUACUUCUUCGCUGUGCUCUUCAAGGUCAAUCAAGGCGGUUGGGUCCCUCUAGUGAUCGCGGCAGCUUUUCUUGUCAUUAUGUACGUUUGGCAUUAUGGAACAGUGAAGCGAUACGAGUUCGAGAUGCACAGUAAGGUCUCCAUGGCAUGGAUCCUUGGGCUCGGGCCGAGCCUGGGACUGGUUCGAGUGCCUGGAAUUGGGCUUGUGUAUACUGAGCUCGCUAGCGGUGUCCCGCACAUAUUUUCGCAUUUCAUCACCAACCUCCCCGCUAUCCAUUCCGUGGUGGUGUUUGUCUGUGUGAAAUAUCUUCCUGUAUACACAGUCCCUGAAGAAGAGAGGUUCCUCGUGAAAAGAAUCGGCCCGAAGAGUUUUCAUAUGUUCCGGUGUGUCGCGAGAUAUGGAUAUAAAGACCUCCACAAGAAGGACGACGAUUUCGAGAAGAAGCUGUUCGAUAACCUCUUCUUGUUCGUUCGGCUCGAGUCGAUGAUGGAAGGGUGUUCAGACUCUGAUGAGUAUAGUCUGUAUGGGCAGCAAACUGAGAGAUCAAGGGAGGGCCUUGUAAUGAAAAGCGAGGGCGUCUCCAACUCUGUUGACACCACUAUUUCAUCGGUGGAUGCGAUCGUGCCAAUCAAGUCCCCGGUGCAUGCCAACAACAUGACCACGUCGUCAGGCCAGGCAAGCAGCCAAACAGAUGAGUUGGAGUUUCUGAACAGCUGUAGAGACGCGGGCGUAGUGCACAUAAUGGGCAACACGGUGGUGAGGGCGAGGCGGGAAUCGAGGUUCUACAAAAAGAUAGCCGUCGAUUACAUAUACGCAUUCCUUAGGAAGAUUUGCAGGGAAAACAGCGUUAUCUUUCAUGUUCCCCAUGAGAGCCUUUUGAAUGUUGGACAGGUAUUUUAUGUGUAGUAAUUUUCAUUCUGUUGUAUCCCUAAUAAGGCAAGAGAGCAAAUAUAUAUAUGAGCAAAAGCAUUUCCGAGUCUCUCGUGAAGCAUUGGACAAAAAAAAGGUUGCUUGAACGCAAUGUACAGAUGGGCCGAAACUGGUGAUGAUGUUGAAAACCUUUGUGAAUUGCAUCA